CCCAGCCAUGGAACCCGGCAGCAGCCGAGAGAGCCAAGCCCGGCAGUAUUUGGAAAAACAUCGGAUCCCAGAGCUGCUGAACUAUCUCACCAGCGUCCUUCUCUUUUUCCGGCCUGAAAAACCAAGAGAAUAUUUAAUAUCUCUAUUGGAACGUCUGAGAAUUGCCAAAGUAACAGGUGUAGCUUUUCCUUUGUUUAUGGAUAACUCUAACAUCGUAGCUAUGUUUGAGAUGAUGGACCCUUCCAAAAGAGGCACCAUAUCAUUUGUGCAAUAUAAAGAAGCUCUUCAAACGCUGGGUCUUUGUACUGCAGAUGAAGAUUUAAAAGACGAUGGACGUGGAAUAAGUUUGGAUAGAUUCAGGGAUGAAGUUUUUUGUCCGGGGCUGGGUUUGAACCCACCACCUCUGGCAUAUGGGGCCGGCACCCUACCCCUUGACCCACAGGCGCCACCAGCUUCCUCUUUCUUAAAAACAAAACCCCAAACAUCCUUUUUCUGGAAG